CCUGGAGUGGAAGUUAUCGAAGCACCAGAUUGGAAUGCUAAUCUUGAGUUUAAAGGGGAAGCUGCAUUACCCAGAAAUCGGCUCCUCCACUGGGGUCCAAUUGUCGCCCUUGGCAUAACGUUUUAUAUAGGAGUUGUGACUACAUAUUUUGCGGUAUUAUGGUGGCCAUUAGAUUUUCUGGGAGGAUUUCUUAAUACGGCUGUUUUCUUUAUCUGGAAUUACUCUACAAUAGUAAACUUGACAAGAGCUUCGUUCGUUGGACCCGGUCACGUUCCGUUGAAGUGGCAUCCGCAUGAGGAUGAGAUCUCUCCAAAUGAACCUAUCGACACAUUAUUACAAUGGUGCGAACCAUGUUCUGGCUAUAAAGUGCCUCGUUCUCAUCAUUGUUCACAUUGCGGCCGUUGCUCAAUGAAAAUGGAUCAUCACUGCCCAUGGAUUAACAAUUGCGUUGGUCACCGGAACCAUGCCUUCUUCGUUAGAUUUCUGGUUUCCGCUGUGAUUGGAUGUCUUCAUGCGUUGGUGAUCUUGAUUGCUGCAUUCUACCAUGCCAUCCAUUUCAAUUACUAUUAUCGAUACGGUGAUGGCAGUGAACCGCUGAUACCACUAACAUUCUGGUCAUUGAUCGGAAUGGUAAUCGCCAGUGCCUUUGCGUUCGGUGUAGUGGUUGGAGUCGGUGGCCUUCUUUACCUUCAGCUCAAGUACAUUAAAAACAACAAGACCGGCAUAGAAGAAUAUAUAGGUAACGCCAUUUCUUAUCGCAAAGAAGAAGAAUGUGACUGGGAGGACUUCACAUACCCUUAUGAUCUUGGUUGGAAACGAAACUUUCGGGAGGUUCUCUUUUCGUGUAUGUGUUCUGGAACCUGUUCACUAAAAUCGAGAUGUUACAGAACAACAGGAAACGGUGUUUGGUGGCCGGUACGAAAAGGAUGUGAUCAGUUCUCUCUAUCGCGUGAACAACUGCGACAAAAGGCUUUGAAGAGAUAUUUGUCGCGAAUCGUCGCCGUACAAAAGGAUUUCCGAGGGGGGAUCUUUGGUUCGGUGUUCUUUGGUUGUCGAUUGUUCAUUUGCCAACCCAUCAUAAUUGAAAUGCUAUUGAAGAUCUCUGUGAAUGAAGAAUACGUGGUCACGCGCGGUCAACGCGGAUGGCUAUACGGUUAUAAGGUCGAUAACGAAAAGGUGAAAGGAUGGUUUCCACGAGUUUGUGUUCGAUUUACUGACAAAUACCCAUUCCAAAUGGAAACAGAUCAGUCUAAGAAUACGGCUGCUACCUCAAAGUCUUGA